AUUAAAUUCUUUUUAUCCAUUCGGAUGUAUAACUGACAUGUCCGAAAUUGAAGAUAUAUUGGUUCGAUUGCGUGCUCGCCUGCAAGAGCGGGACAUCAAGCUGUGGGAGGAGCCUUACUACGUGGAGAAUGUAGGCAGAAGUGACUCUGCUUUGGAGCAGCUGUCGUUGGAGCUAAUCCCCGAGAUGCACAUCAGUGCGUCCAUUUGCAAAAACGCGUUGUUGGAGCUGCAGGAGAACGCACUUCGAAAGCUGGCUGCACGUCGUCAGUUCGAUGAAACUGGACUUGCCACGUUCUUUGUGCGAUGCGUGGAUAGUCACGGCGGAACGGCAAAUAGAUUCGAGGUGAAGUGUGCCCUCGAUGAGCUCGGCGCGAAUUUGCAGCGUAAUAUUGCCGAGCAGUUGCAGUUGAAUGAGGCAGGUCAUGUUAAGUGCAUAUCGGCUGGUCGUGUGGUGGCGCCACAGGAGACUCUGCUAUCACAGGGCCUAAAAAACAAUCAGCAGUUAUUGGUAAUUGUGGGCCAAGAGGAUGCAAAGGGCGAAGCGCUCUAUGAACGCAUUCGUCAGAUACAAAGGGAUGUGGAAAUGGUUGUUGAUUCCGAGCAUCGCUUUGUCGAAUUAGAGGAUCAGGAUGGCAAUGCUAUAUCAUUGCCGCCCAACGAAAAUCGUUCACUUCUUCUGGGCAUGGGUUUCUACGAGAAGGGAAGAGCGGCCAUGCGACGGGAGCACUUUGAUGAGGCGCUUCUGCUUUUUCUCGAAGCGGAUGAUAAGUUUAGCGGCUGCAACUCGAGAUUUCUCGAAGCUGUGGAUAAUUAUGCAUUACUCAAUUUGGACAUUGUGUGGUGUUAUCUCUGCCUAAAGAACAUUACCCAACUGCCGGAUGCACAGCGUCGCCUUGAUCUCUGCGAGCGAAUCUUUUGUCGCAGCUACGGUGAGAAUUACAGUCGUCUUUAUGCUCUCAAGGGUACCAACUGCCCGGAGCGUGCUCUUAUUAUGAGGCUACAGCUGCUCCAGGGCGUCAUCCUCUUCCAUCAGAAUCGUCGUGAUGAAGCCCUUCAACGUCUGCAGAUUGCAGGCAAUUCGCUGGCUGAGUUAAAAGUGGAUAGUGACCAAUUGUUGCUGCUUAUUGAAAUGGGCUUCGAUGCGGCUGAUGCUCGGCUGGCAUUGCGUUCAAGCAACGGCAAUGUGGAGCGGGCAGUUCAAUCUAUACAGGAACGACGCCAGCGUUUGCAGGCUGCCCGUCAGAACUCCGACUCGGAGACUGAAAUGAAUCGGCGGCUAGUGCAGUUGCAAGUGGGCAACGAUGAGCGGGAUUGGGUGCAUCCACGCAGUGUCUGCCGUCUAAUGGAAUUGGGCUACGAAAGGCAACUGGUCGUGGAGGCACUUCGUCGGACCGAAAACAAUUUGGAGCGCAGUCUGGAAAUGUUGCAAUCGCAUUCGGAUGAACUGCGUCGCAAUUUGCCAGCAACUGUGGCAGCCGAUGAGCAAAUGCUUUACACACUGCGUGAACUUGGCUUCAAGUUGUCCUCGGCACGUGCCGCUCUCGAAACGACACAAAAUGAUAUGGAUCGUGCUGUGGAUUUUCUACUCAAAAGUCUGCCCAACGAACGUGAAUUAAACACUCUAAUUGAGUAUAUGUCACAAUUGAGUUCACAAACUGCUGAUCUUGCCUCCACUUCUACUUCGAAUCAAUCGAGUCGGAGCGAGACAUUACCAGCUGUUACAACCAGCAAACUGGCUUUGGUUCAAUCCAUAUUGACCAAGGCAAAGAUUGAAAUUGAGUCGUAUAGUGCCUACAAAAGAUUCAAUGAGGAUCUACCUGAAAAUGAUCAGGAUUAUUUGGAUUUGACGCUUGAGCAGGAGGAGCAAGUACUUAACGAGUACAUGAGUCUUUUAGAACAUUAAAGAGCCUUAAUUUGUUUAAUUUUUGCGACCGUGGAGUGCACGCAUGAAAUGUAAGCGUAGUUAUUGUUUGAAAAUGAAUGUCAAUUAGACAGAAAAUAAAGCUUUAAAAGAUAA